AUGGUGGCCAUUAUCGGUCGGCCCAACGUGGGCAAGUCCUCGUUGUUCAACCGAAUUCUGUCGCGCCGCCACGCCAUCGUGUCUGAAGUUUCCGGCACCACCCGCGACCGUCUGAUUGCCUCCGCAUCCUGGAAUGGCCGGCAGUUCCUGCUGAUUGACACUGGCGGUCUGGAAGACGACCCCGACGGCCACAUCCCCCAGCGUGUGCAGCAACAGGCUGACAUGGCGAUGGGCGCCGCCGACGUCAUUAUCUUCCUUACCGACGCGGUGCAGGGACUGACCGCCACCGACCAGGCCGUUGCCCAGCGGCUUCGUCGCACCGACAAGCCGGUGAUGCUGGCGGUGAAUAAGGUGGACAACGAAAACCGCGAGCUGGCCGCUGCUGAGUUUUUCCAGCUGGGCAUUUCGGAAACUUCGUUCAUAUCUGCCUACCACAACUAUGGGGUGUAUGACCUGCUGGAGCGAAUGGUCGACUUGCUGCCAACCCGCGAGCUAGUGGAACAAUGGGACGACGAUUAUCCAGAUGGCGUCCUGCGCCUGUCCAUUGUGGGACGCACCAACGUUGGCAAAUCGCUGCUCACCAACGCUAUCCUCGGUGAGGAGCGCAGCAUCGUCAGCCCGGAGGCUGGCACCACGCGCGACGCUCUCGAUACACCUAUCACCUACCGCGACCACACUAUCACCCUGGUAGACACCGCCGGUAUCCGCCGCCCGGGUCAGGUGCAGCGGGGCAUCGAGAAAUACAGCGUGUUGCGCGCCGUUAACGCCGUGCAUCGUAGCGACAUCACGCUGCUGAUUACCGACGCCACUGAGUUGGCCACCGCCCAGGACGCCCACAUCGCCGGCCUGGCCUGGGAUACCAACCGGGGUCUAAUCGUGGUGGUCAACAAGUGGGAUCUGGUUAAUCCCAACCGGUUUCGAACGGAACGCAGUCUGCAUCGGGUUCACCAACGGCUACACUUCAUGCCCUACGUUCCGGUUAGCUUCACGUCGGCGCUCACUGGCGAGGGGAUUAACGAACUGCUGGACACGGCGCUGUCAUUGUGGAUGGAACGGCAGCGGCGGGUUCCAUUCCGCGAUCUGCAAUACCUGCUGGCAGAUGCGGUCUCUACUCAUGCGCCGCCAUCACGCCGGGGCAACCUGCGCAACCGGCUGCGGGUGCGUCGGGUGCGGCAGGUCGGCGUGAACCCGCCCACCUUCGUGUUCAGCGUCAACGACCCCAAGCUGCUGCACUUUUCCUACGAACGUUACCUGGAGAAUCAGAUUCGGGAACGUUUCGGGUUCCACCGCACGCAUCUGAGGCUGGUAUUUCGGGCGGAACGGGAGGAACGCACGGCGCGGCCUGGGGUUCGUGCCCGCACCCGGGCCCGCUAA